UCUCUUUGGCCAGCUCACUCUCAGCUUUUCCCUCUUUUCAUUUUUUUUGUUUUCUCUCAUACAUUCUCCUCUCUACUCUCAUCCUCUCCACUAGCACUUCCACACCACCACCAUCAUUUUUCUGACAAGAUCACUGGAAAAUUCUUGAGAACUCAUAAACACCUUCACAUCCUUUUUUUGAGAUUCUAACUAAUCUCCUUGGAGCUUGGAGAAUUAGGAUUUUGCAGUUGCAAGGUAAGUAGCUUUUUAAUGGGAUUUUUGGAAAAUAACCAGGUUUUAUAAAUGUUGUUUUUGGGUCAAACACAUUUUGGAAAAUUAUAUAUGGAUAUAUGUUUUCUUAACAGCAUUGUGUUGUGACCCUAUUAUAUAUUAUUAUAUAUGAAAAGUACAUCAUAUUUGGUAUAGCAUUUGGGGAAAUGCAUGAAUUGUUGAUAUGGAAAAAUGAGCAUCUUUUGUUUAAUCUUUAAUAAGGAAAUCCUGAACUUUAUGGUAUAUUAGAAAAUUCAAAGAUGCUAAUCUUGUCUUAUAUUAUUUGGGAAUUUGAUAGAAAUCUCUUGACAAGAAUGAAGUUGAAAACCUCACAAACUUUGUAGAAGUUAGAUUAUUUAAGGUUUUUCUGAAACUGUCUGGAUAUGAACUAUGUGUUUCAAAGUAAUGUAACCUGUGAGUUUAUGUGGUUUUAACACCAUGUCAUGUGUGAUUUCCCAGUGAUCACCCGAUUUGGUUUCAAUAGUUUUUGUGACAGCGGAAUUAAAUCCAAGUCAGUGCCCUUUCACUUUGGAUGACGCGUUCUUCCUUGAUGUCCAUGGGGGGAAGAGGUUCCUUGAUGUGUGUGGGUGAGGUUGCUGCCCAUGGGGCCAAGAGACCACAUGCAAGAAAGGUCCUAUUUGACACGCUCUCUCUGCAGCCCAUGGGGGGAGAGAAAAACCUUGAGGGUAUGGGUGAGGCUGCUAUCCAUGGGGCCAAGACUCUGCAUACCAGAGAGGACAAUAUCAUGCCAAUUGUGGAUGGGGAAUCACAGUUGAUGCUUACUGAGGCCGGAUACUUGUACGUCCAAGAUGCAAAAUCAAGCUACACCUUUAAUCUUACAAAGGAAGAUCCUAGCUCAAAUAAAAAUUUCUACCACAUGGCUAGAGUUGAUUAUGAUGGGAUCUUCAGUCUAUACAAACACCUCAAAAAUGAGGAUGCCACAAGCUGUGGGAACUGUCCUUUAUCAUGGACAGCAGUGCAAGGCAUUCCUGAUGAUAUUUGUGCUGCAUUUGCUAGUUAUAGUAGUGGUGGUGGGUUCUGCGGACCCAACAGCAUCUGUACUUCAGCAAAUAAUUCAAAUGCUGUUUUUUGCCAAUGUCCUAUUGGAUUUCUCCCAUGGACCAAUCCAACAAUUCGUUAGGGUGUAAACCAAAUUUUGCACUGCCUAGCUGUGACAGUGGAUGGGAAGCAACUAAAGAGCUUGUUGAAUUUAUAGAGCUUCCAAACACGGAUUGGCAGUUCUCAGAUUACAACCUUCUUCAAGGACCUGGAAUGAACAAGUCAAUGUGUAGACAAGAAUGCCUUGAUGAUUGCUUGUGUGUUGUGGUCGUUUAUGAAGAUAUAGGUAAUGUAUGUUGGAUGAAGCAGUCUCCACUGUCAAAUGGAAGACAAAGCCCAGGUACUACUAGAAUAUCUCUCAUCAAGUUACCUAAAGGUUAUGGUUCAGUUUAUAAGAAAGGCCACUCUGAGACACUUGUCUGGGCACUACUACUUGGCAGCUCUGCAUUCCUCAAUAUCCUUUUAUUCUUAGCUAUUUUUGUGGCUGUUUACUACUUGUACCAUAAAAAGAAGAAAUUGCCGUGGAAUAUUGAUAGCACACUAGCAGCAAAUGUGAGAAGCUAUACAUAUAAAGAGCUCGAAGAAGCAACCAGGGGCUUCAACCAAACAGUGGGAAAAGGUUCUUUUGGAACGGUUUAUAAAGGGGUCCUUCGAUCAGAUUCUAAAAGAUUUGUUGCAGUCAAGAAGUUAGGUAAGGUGAUAGAAGAAGGUGAGAAGGAAUUCAAUACAGAAAUGAGUGUGAUCGGUCAGACUCAUCACAAGAAUUUAGUACGGUUGCUCGGUUAUUGUGACGAGGGGCAGCACCGAUUUACGGUAUAUGAGUACAUGAGUAAUGGCUCUUUAGCUAACUUUCUCUUUGGGAUAUCCAGACCUUACUGGAACCAAAGAGUGCAGAUUGCUUUUGGAAUUGCCAGAGGCCUCAUGUACUUACACGAAGAGUGCUACAUCAAAAUCAUCCAUUGUGACAUAAAGUCUCAAAACAUACUCUUAGACGAGUACUUACACCAGGAAUUGCUGAUGUAAGUAUUGUUUUUAGGGCCUUAAUGAAGGAAUUUGUCUAAAUUUAGACAACACUCGAGGUUUGAAUCUGGAUUAGAAUGUCACUCCCCUUCAAUUCCGACAUCGUCACCCCGAUGGCCUCUAUUGGCACCCCCCUUGAUCUUGCAUUGUGACUUCCGACGCCUCUGGUGCUCCAAGAAAGCUUGUUCUAUCUAUUUUACAUCAUAUAUGGUUAGGCUGGGAUGAAUAGACAAACUAGAAAUCAUAUAACUUUACUUCUCCUUCUUGAUCACUGCAAUCAUAGGCAGUUCAUAUUAUUAAUAUGCAAUUUCAAGAAAAUGAUUUUUUAUUUAAAAAAAUAAUUUUAAACCUCUUCUA